AAGAAAAGGCAUAAUAUGAAGUAAAAAGUGCCACAGAUAAUAAAUAAGGAGUUUAUUACAAAACUGUUUGACACACAUACUGAAAAGAAAAAUGGCUGGCACAAGACGAGCUCGCAAUCAGGCUUCUAUGGCCAUACCUCGUCAGAAUUCCACAGAGAAUGGAAGGCCUCGCCAGAAUCUGAGUGCUGAAGCAUUGGCAGCCAUGAGCAAGGAGCAGCUGCGAGCAGAAUGCAGGAAAAGAGGACAACGAGCAACUGGCAACAAAAAUGAGCUGCUCGCCCGGCUCGGGUACUACAAACUGGCGGCGGCGGUGCAGGCAGACACAGAGCAGCGCGCGCGCAACGGUCUUCAUCAUCCACACCCGAAGGAGAUCAAGAGCAAAGGCGCUUCAAUGGACACAGACAGUUUAGUCCUGUGGCGACGGCCGCUCACCACACUUGAGUACUUCUUUAGAGAAUUGUUUAUUCUCUGCUCUACAGGAUUACAGAGGUUACUGGCAUAUAGGCUACUAGCAUUAACUAUAGUUCUUCUAAUAAGCGGUACUACGGUAUCGUAUUACCUCAGUGGGCCACACCAGCAUUAUGUUCAUUUAGUAGUAGCAACACUCGCCUGGUGGGGCUGGUGGAUAGUUCUCGGCGUGUGCAGCUCCGUAGGAUUGGGCACAGGCCUGCACACGUUCCUACUCUAUCUGGGCCCGCAUAUUGCGCGCGUAACUCUCGCCGCGUAUGAGUGUGGAGCACUAAAUUUUCCUCAACCGCCUUAUCCUAAUGACAUUAUCUGUCCAACGGAAAUCGAUCUCAAAAACACUGUAUCGAUAUGGAACAUAAUGGCCAAAGUCCGAGUGGAAUCAAUGAUGUGGGGCAUAGGGACGGCGCUUGGGGAACUCCCGCCUUACUUCAUGGCCCGUGCGGCCAGAUUGAGUGGAGGCAGUGUCUCAGAGCUACAAGCGAGUGAUGAUUCGCGUACUGGCAGAGCAAAAAUAAUGGUACAAAAACUAGUCCAAAAAGUGGGUUUCGCGGGCAUCUUAGCCUGUGCCUCCGUACCUAACCCGUUAUUUGACCUAGCUGGUCUUACGUGUGGACAUUUCCUCGUUCCGUUCUGGACAUUUUUCGGCGCUACAGUCCUGGGCAAGGCGGUCAUUAAGAUGCAUAUACAGAAGAUGUUUGUCAUUAUUGCGUUCAACGAGACACUUGUUGCACAAGUCCUGACCUGGGUAGAGCGAAUACCCUACAUUGGUCCCAAAUUAGAAGCACCACUUCUAGAAUUCCUACGCAACCAAAAAGCCAAAUUACAUAAAAACGAUUCCCCGGGCGCAGCAGAGAAACAAGGCUCAUUAUUGUCGAGUCUAUUAGAGAAAUUUGUACUUGCCAUGGUGGUGUACUUUGUUGUAUCCAUAGUGAAUGCUUUGGCACAGAAUUAUAGUAAACGUAUUGGAAAGAAGAAGGGAAAGAAACGGGAAUAGGGUUUAAGGACGCCGGGCGAUGUGAUUGGUGGACUCGCGCGGCGCCGCACAACGACAGAAAAGCCGCGGCGGCGUCGGUAGUACCCGCCUCCGCGCCCGCACCACACCCCGUCGCCCCGCCCGGUAAACGCAACAUUUACUCACAAGGGUCGAGUAUGGCCCAGGCACAAGUCUCGCUGAAAAAACGCAGCUCAUUAAGGCAUGCGCAAUGUGACUUAAUCCAGUCAAGUUAAAGUGCACUCUUCGUCACUCAGCGUUAUUCUAAUUGGGUCAUCGUUAUAAUA